AUGUUCCCUUCAUUGCCUGUUGAUUGUUGGAUAGCCAUCACGGACUUUUUAAAGCCGGGUGACAUCGUGUCAGUUUCUGCAGUAUGCAGAGACCUCCAUUUAUCUCUUCGUCCCUUGGUUUAUAAUAGGGUCUCUUGGGAAUGGGAAACAGUGCCUGUUGAACGCAUCCUGCAACUGCUGCGAACGGUCCUGCAGAAUCCAAAACUAGCCCUGUUAAUACAUCAUAUCACUAUUAUGUCUCCACCAAGAAACGCCCUUCUGCACGACUGGAAUAAAGCCAAUGUGAAACCCGAUUCUAUGAAGGACGCGACCGUUGGCUUUGAGGAAGUAGUGGAGCUUGCACAGACACUGGUUCAGAAAGCCGAAUUUCCGGACGCAUCAAAGUGGAAUGAAGCUCUUGAAAAUGGCAAUGCUUAUGCCUUUGUCGCUAUUUUGCUCUCCCAGUUACACAAUUUAAAAUCUCUUCGACUUGACUAUUCCUUUGUCUGGAAGCUGGGAUUUCCAGGGCUAAUGAUGAAACAUGCCCUUUUCUCCGCCCCAGAAGGCCUGCUAUCAAGAUUUACCCACCUUAGCAUAGUGGAUUAUGGCAGCAAUGUGCCCAUCUCUGAGGAGUUUGACGGUCUAUAUAAUGACUUUGAAACCACAGCUGGCUACCCUCUGUGUGAUCCUGACCAGUUUAUGGCAUGGUUUUACCUACCAGCUAUUCAAUCCUUAUCAAUCUGGCUACGGAGUUUUAAGGGUGUUGUUGCUGAUUAUAACAGCCAGCAGGCUAAUCUCAGCCAACUGCAGACACUUGUUCUUGCUCGUACAACAAUUACAGAUGAUGAAGUACAAGAUCUACUGUCCCAAAUGGCCUCUCUGAAAAUGCUCCAUUUAGGCCUAGCAUAUAGAUGGCAUGAUGAGGUAAUCCUGGAAGUUCCAGAUUUUAUCAUUGAAGGUCUGGAGUCUGUUAGUCAGACUGUGGAAACACUAUCCUUAGGGCUAGAGUAUUAUCCAUACAAUGAGGGGUACUAUUCUUUUGAUUGCCAAGAUGAAUACUCAAGAGAGCAAUUCCAAGGGUUUUUACAGAAAUUUCCCUGUCUACGCUCUGCAGAGGUCCCGAUUACCCUCCUGGCAGGAAUGAAUACGGACAAUAUUGUUAAUAUUGGUAGCUCCUUGCCACCUACACUGGAAGAGCUAUGUCUUCAGUGGGACUGUGAAGAAGUGCUUAGGGGGUUGUCGGAGUCGGAGUUUAAUGACUGUGUGUGGCAUUUGCUGGAUGACCUGCACUCUCACUCCCCUAACCUUAAGCGGGUCAUAAUCCGGCAGAUGGUGUGCUCUUCAGCUGCAAGGGAGAACCGCAUGAAAGAGCAUGCAAAGCUACAGGUAGCAUAUGCUCAGGCUGGAAUUGAGCUUCAGGCAGUCUUUGACUAUCUAUCUCCCGGCCUGUGGACACAAGAAUGCUAUAUGUGA